UCGAAACGGGAGGGGAGGAAAACGCAGACAAUACUUUGUGAUGUGCUGGGUGACCCUGGUGUUUUUGUUUUUGUAUUUAUUUUCUUCCCCCUUGUUUUUAUCUCCUUUUCAUGUAAUAACAGCAUUUGGCCCUUUUUAGUUGCAAACUUGUGUUUUUAAGAGUUUGUCUCUUGCCCCAACCUAAGAAAGACUCCGUUGUUUUUAGUUUUUUUGGUCAAUGUUUAAUAACUUUGUCCUGAGCAGAGAUUUUGUUCGACAGAUCAUGAGUAAGGAAUUUCCUUUAUUGAGAACGAGGGAGGUGGGCUAAGGGGUAGCAUUUAUAUUACAGUGUUUUAAUGCUGGUUUCAGCAAUUAUUUUGGUGAUCGGUGUGCCCGCGUCCUGCUGCGUCUCCCCAUGUUUUCAGGAAAACACAAGGUUUAGCCUUAAAAGUUCUGGUAGGCCACACAGCUCUCGAACAAUGGCUGCGCUGAAAUUCCCACUCUAACUUUCAAAAAAACCCCAAAGCCGCCGGACCCAAACUCUCUUCUAGUUCACGGUUGAGCUCUUUGAAACGCGGAUCUUGUGCUGACUUAAUUUUUCGAUACCGUCUGUUGUUUUUAGAGGAAUACUGAAUAGGAGCGGUGGAGCGCGGGGCUGCGCUGGCUGCGGAUUAAAGCCGCCUUGUUCAGCGCCGUCGCCGCUCGGGCUUAAAACUUGUUUGGAGGUGGUUCCGAAGUUUCUGUUGCCUGUGGAACGUCCCAUGGUCUAAAGGAUUUUGCUUGUGAUGAUAACACGGUUUAUUUACGCGCUACGUUUUUAUCAAGGGAAAGGGAAAAUAGUCCUUUUUGAGCACGCUGGAGCAGCGUGGAAGCCUUUGUUUGUAAAUACGUGACUCUUCCCGGCGGAGGGUUUAUUUAGGUAAAGUUGAUGAUAUAUUUUUACGAAGAGUUUGGGAAUGAAAAGGGUCCCGGUAGCCAUUAGCGAGCCUUGCAGCUGCCGCUUCGCUCCUGAGUGUGCGUUGUGGAGGUGACUUCACAUAUUUCUGAUGCUCCGUGCUCUUUGAAUGACAGGAUUCAGCUGUCUGCUACAUUUAACACGGCAUUUCUAUAAAAACACGGCUUGGAACUAAACUUGAACUACCCAGAAUGCUCCUUUUCCCUUUGCUCCCUUUCAAAAUGUCGCCUUUGCCAAGUUCUUUCUCUCUCUCUCGUGCUGGAGCUGCCUUGUCUGGAUCAGACGAAGGAGGAAGCGUCUGCGAGCAGGAGCCGCUUGUGUGUAACUGCCUGGUGGCUCGACUGAGACUUUCUAGAGCCUCAAAACCCCCCCAAAUAUUUAUGGCGACAGCGUUAUUAACGAUUGGUGUGCAGGUUAAAUCAGAAGUUAAUUUGUGCUGGUGAACAGCGCUGCCUUUUGAGGGAGCAAAGUGAGGCUGUGGCUGUGCGGGCGCCCACUCGUGAUUCCUGGUAGUGGCAUUUCCCCUGGAAACGGGGACUUUUCACGGUUCAGGAGUACUUGAAAGCUUUUGUGCAUUCAUGGUAUCUUCCUGUACUUUUUUAAAGCCUGCUCUGGGAUAACUUGUAGCUUCUUUUAGUAGGGGCUGCUCACAUUUCAUUGUCUGCCAUUAUUUGACACCCCAGCUUCGUGGUGUGUGACUUUCUUACCUGUAUUUACUUAAUUAUUUUCUUUCUUACCGCAUAGAGAAGCUUUAUUAGUUCCUUUAGCGUUACUGAAGGAUUUUGAUAAUGUUUAUUAAAGAGAAACUAAAGGGAAAAUACCAGUAAAUAAUAGUAUUAUAUUCUUAAAAAUCAGUGGAGGUUUAGCAAUACCAGGUGUUGUCAGAGAGUGUCAUGGGCUGUUUGAGGAAGGUGGUGAUUUCCAGCAUGAGUUGGUUCUGUGAAAUGUUGUUGCUGUCGAAGUUGUGACGGUCUUUGAAUGUAUAGAAGGCUUUGCGGAGCCGCUUGUUUAUGUGGCCACGGAGGCUCUGUGUGUGUCAACAAAUACAUGUUGUGUGUGCAGUGGAAAAGUCCUAUCUCUGCAGCUUUUAUAGUCCUUUUCUUGUGAAUAUUAACACUGUUGUCAAUGAGUGGGAAAACCUUGAGUAAAUUUGAUCAAAGACAAGGUUUGGGGUUCUUUGUGUGUGUGUCAACUUUCUCCACUGUUGGAAAAUUAUUGUAGUAGUUGAGUGUUGUUCAAAAUUACUGUGAGGAGCAGAGAGGACAUGGAGCCGCUUUUCAGCCCCAUUGCUGCCGCGGGGUUCAGGAGUCACGGCCGCCGAGGACAACAGGAAAAACAAACCCCAUUUCCGUGCCGGUGUGCGGCUGUGGUGCCGCCACGGGGGCUGCUCACCCUUCUCCACCCGUUAGUCCUUGUACCUCUGUGGUGUUUGUGUUGCAUUCAGGUGUUGGUGGAAUGAGCGUUGCGUGUGUUUUGAAGAGAAAAGCAGUACUCUGGCAGGACUCGUUCAGCCCCCACCUGAAGCAGCACGCUCAAGACACAGCUAAUCCCACCAUGCCUGUUGUAUUGACAUCUGGAACAGGGUCCCAGGCUCAGGCACAGCCGCCCGCAAACCAGGCGCUGGCGGCGGGGACGCACUCCAGCCCCGUCCCCGGAUCCAUCGGGGUGGCGGGCCGCUCCCAGGACGACGCCAUGGUGGAUUAUUUCUUCCAGAGGCAGCAUGGUGAGCAGCUUGGGGGAGGAGGAAGCGGUGGAGGCGGCUAUAAUAACAGCAAACAUCGCUGGCCCACUGGGGAUAACAUUCAUGCAGAGCAUCAGGUGCGUUCCAUGGAUGAACUGAAUCAUGAUUUUCAAGCGCUUGCUCUGGAAGGACGGGCCAUGGGAGAGCAGCUGUUGCCGGGUAAAAAGUUUUGGGAAUCUGAUGAUUCCAGCAAAGAUGGACCAAAAGGGAUAUUUCUGGGAGAUCAGUGGAGAGACAGUGCUUGGGGAACAUCAGAUCACUCUGUUUCCCAGCCCAUUAUGGUUCAGAGAAGACCUGGUCAGGGCUUUCAUGUGAAUAGUGAAGUCAACUCGGUGCUGUCCCCCCGCUCAGAGAGUGGCGGACUUGGCGUUAGCAUGGUGGAGUACGUGUUGAGCUCGUCUCCGGGAGACUCCUGCCUAAGGAAAGGAGGAUUUGGGCCAAGAGAUGCAGAGAAUGAUGAGAAUGACAAAGGGGAUAAGAAAAAUAAGGGCACGUUUGAUGGCGAUAAAUUAGGAGAUCUGAAGGAGGAGGGGGAUGUGAUGGAUAAAACAAAUGGUUUGCCUGUGCAGAAUGGGAUCGACGCAGAUGUCAAAGACUUCAGCCGUACACCCGGUAACUGCCAGAACUCCGCUAGCGAAGUCGAUCUGCUGGGGCCAAACCAGAACGGAUCGGAGGGUUUGGCCCAGCUGGCGAGCACUAAUGGUGCCAAACCGGUGGAGGAUUUCUCCAACAUGGAGUCCCAGAGCGUCCCUCUGGAUCCCAUGGAGCACGUGGGGAUGGAGCCGCUGCAGUUUGAUUAUUCUGGCACCCAAGUACCCGUGGACUCGGCCGCGGCGACCGUGGGGCUCUUCGAUUACAGCUCCCAGCAGCAGCUGUUCCAGAGACCGAACGCCCUGGCGGUGCAGCAGCUGACGGCGGCGCAGCAGCAGCAAUACGCCUUGGCCGCGGCCCACCAGCCGCACAUAGGUGUGUUUUCAGCAGGUUUAGCCCCUGCUGCCUUUGUCCCCAACCCGUACAUCAUCAGCGCCGCUCCGCCGGGAACCGACCCCUACGCCGCCGGACUCGCAGCAGCCGCCACGUUAGGCCCGGCGGUGGUCCCUCACCAGUACUAUGGAGUUACGCCCUGGGGCGUUUAUCCCGCCAGCCUGUUCCAGCAGCAAGCGGCCGCCGCCGCCGCCGCCACCAACUCUGCCAGCCAGCAGAGCACGCAGCAGGGCCAGCAGGGCCAGCAGCAGGUUCUGCGCGGAGGAGCCAGCCAGCGUCCUCUGACCCCCAACCAGAACCAGCAGGGCCAGCAGACCGAUCCGCUGGUGGCCGCCGCCGCCGUCAACUCUGCGCUCGCCUUCGGCCAGGGGCUGGCGGCCGGGAUGCCGGGUUACCCCGUGCUGGCCCCUGCCGCUUACUACGACCAAACGGGUGCUCUGGUGGUGAACGCGGGGGCCCGGAACGGGCUGGGCGCCCCCGUCCGCCUGGUGGCCCCCGCCCCCGUCAUCAUCAGCUCCUCGGCCGCGCAGGCAGCGGUUGCAGCGGCUGCGGCUUCAGCCAACGGCGCAGCGGGCGGCCUGGCAGGAACGACAAACGGACCAUUUCGGCCUCUGGGAACUCAGCAGCCGCAGCCCCAGCCGCAGCAGCAGCCCACCAACAACCUGGCAUCCAGCUCCUUCUACGGCAACUCGCUCAGCAGCAAUUCCCAGAGCAGCUCCCUCUUCUCCCAGGGCUCUGCCCAGCCUGCCAACACCUCCCUGGGCUUCGGGAGCAGCAGCUCUCUGGGUGCCACGCUGGGCUCUGCGCUGGGCGGCUUUGGGACCGCAGUUGCGAACUCCAACACGGGCAGCGGCUCCCGCCGGGACUCCCUGACCGGGAGCAGCGACCUGUACAAGAGAACGUCCAGCAGUUUGACACCCAUCGGACACAGUUUUUAUAACGGCCUUGGCUUCUCCUCCUCUCCCGGCCCCGUGGGGAUGCCCCUGCCCAGCCAAGGACCCGGCCACUCCCAGACUCCACCGCCUUCCUUGUCUUCACAUGGAUCAUCUUCAAGUUUAAACCUGGGAGGGCUCACGAACGGGAGCGGCCGCUACAUUUCAGCCGCUCCGGGUGCUGAAGCCAAGUACCGCAGCGCGAGCAGCGCGUCCAGCCUGUUCAGCCCCAGCAGCACGCUCUUCCCCUCCUCCCGCCUGCGCUACGGCAUGUCCGACGUGAUGCCCUCCGGCCGGAGCAGGCUGCUCGAGGACUUCCGCAACAACCGCUACCCCAAUUUACAGCUGAGAGAGAUCGCUGGGCACAUCAUGGAGUUCUCGCAGGAUCAGCAUGGGUCCAGGUUUAUUCAGCUGAAACUGGAGCGCGCUACCCCAGCAGAACGUCAGCUUGUGUUCAACGAGAUCCUCCAGGCAGCGUAUCAGUUGAUGGUCGAUGUAUUUGGAAAUUACGUCAUCCAGAAGUUCUUUGAAUUUGGCAGCCUGGAACAGAAGUUGGCCCUGGCAGAGCGGAUCCGUGGGCACGUUCUGUCCCUGGCUCUGCAGAUGUACGGCUGUAGAGUGAUCCAGAAGGCCCUCGAGUUCAUUCCUCCAGACCAGCAGGUAAUUAAUGAGAUGGUACGGGAGCUGGACGGCCACGUCCUCAAGUGCGUGAAAGACCAGAACGGGAACCACGUGGUGCAGAAGUGCAUCGAGUGUGUGCAGCCUCAGUCCCUGCAGUUCAUCAUCGACGCCUUUAAGGGGCAGGUUUUCGCGUUGUCUACACACCCGUACGGCUGCCGCGUGAUCCAGAGGAUCCUCGAGCACUGUCUUCCUGAGCAAACCCUUCCCAUCUUGGAGGAGCUUCACCAACACACCGAGCAGCUCGUUCAGGAUCAGUAUGGGAACUAUGUUAUCCAGCAUGUACUAGAACAUGGUCGGCCUGAGGAUAAGAGCAAGAUUGUAGCAGAAAUCAGAGGCAACGUGCUCGUGUUGAGUCAACACAAAUUUGCUAGCAACGUGGUGGAGAAAUGCGUGACCCACGCCUCCCGUACGGAGCGCGCCAUGCUGAUCGAUGAGGUGUGCACUAUGAACGACGGCCCUCACAGUGCCUUAUACACCAUGAUGAAAGAUCAGUACGCCAACUACGUGGUACAGAAGAUGAUCGAUGUGGCAGAACCGGCGCAGCGGAAGAUUGUCAUGCACAAGAUCCGGCCUCACAUCGCCACUCUGCGCAAAUACACCUACGGCAAACACAUCUUGGCCAAGCUGGAGAAAUACUACAUGAAGAACGGCGUGGACCUGGGGCCCAUUUGCGGGCCCCCAAACGGCAUCAUCUGAAGCGGCGGCGUGGGGAGGAGCUCACUGGCCAUCGCACCUACAACCAGCAACCGGCAACAUCCCAGUGUACACCUAGAAACCUUUUCUGGUUGCUAAACUGCUAAAACAAAAAAGAAAAGAGAAAAAGCCUUUGUAAAUUUCUUUAAUUUUAUUAUGCAUAACAUGUACUAAUUAUUUUUUUUAAUUAACUAAUUGCCCUGCUGUUUUACUGGUGUAUAGAAUACUUGUACAUAGGUAUCAAAUGUACAUGGAAGGCCACAUUUUUGUUCACUGUUGUAUCUAUAUUCCAAAUGUGGAACUUUCAGGGUGGUUGGUUUGAGGUAAACAAACAAAAACCGUUUUUAAUUCAUCUUCCCCGCGGGCAAAUCUGUGCAGAUAGCGGGUUCUUUUAGUCAAAAGUCAGCAAGAGGUUGGAAUUUUAGUUAAAUGGCGCAAACGGCACAUUUAGUGCUGUUUAUAAAGAGAAAUUCAACUUGCUAAAGCGUCGGUUAAAAGAGAAAAUGAAGUUUUAGAACUUUCAAUGCUUUGUUUUUAGUGUAAGCGCGGGGGCGGCGCGGGCGGACGACGCGCCCGCCGGCCGGUUUUAAAGGGGCGGGUGGGUGUUCCGCCCGCCCGGGUUGGUCUGUCAACCUGGAGAGACACAACUUGAUUAUUUAGCAUGAGGAAAAACAAAUCCAACUCGGCUUUGGUCUUGCUUCUAUAAAUAUAUAGUGUAUACUUGGUGUAGACUUUACAUAUAUAAAAAUUUGUAGUAUUUUCUUGUUUUGAUGUCUGAUCUGUAUCUAUAAUGUACCCUAGUAGUGGAACAUACUUCUGACUGUACAAUUGUACAUUUGUAAACCUCUGUAAUGUAAAUGUGGAGAAGUUUGAAUCGACAUAAACCCGUUUUUUGGUAAGAAAAAAGAAUUAGCAAAACCUGUGCAUUUCAGUGUAUAUUCACACCUUUUAUGGUCGUAGCAUAUAGUGUUGUAUAUUGUAAAUUGUAAUUUCAACCAGAAGUAAAUUUUUUCUUUUGAAGGAAAUGUUCUCUUUAUACAGCCUAGUUAAUGUCUAAAGGAAGAAUAAAUGCUUGGUUUUAUUUGUCACCUAGUUAACAGUAGCGAUCCUUUCUAAAUGUUCUACAGAAAUGAUUCAGUUCCAAAUAGUGUUUUUUUGAAUCUUAAAAAGUAAUGUUUUGCUUAUUUUGUGACAGUAAGAAACAAAAAGUGCAAAAGUACAGAACCCCUGGUUUUCCUUACAAUCAGAGUCCCUUUUCACCUUGUAAAGUGUGAAUCACCUCCCCUUUUUGUACAGAAGAUGAACUGUAUUUUGCAUUUUGUCUACUUGUAAGUGAAUGUAACAUACUGUCAAUUUUCCUUGUUUGAAUAUAGAAUUGUAACACUACACGGUGUACAUUUACAGAGCCUUGUGUAUAUUUCCAAUGAACUUUUUUGCAAGCACACUUGUAACCAUAUGUGUAUAAUUAACAAACCUGUGUAUGCUUAUGCCUGGGCGACUAUUUUUUGUAACUCUUGUGUAGAUUGUCUCUAAACAACGUGUGAUCUUUAUUUUGAAAAAUACAGAACUUUGGAAUCUG